CGCGAGUAGAUUGAAAGGAGGGGUGAUAGUGUCUUCAAAGGUUAUCUGGUAUGUUGAAGUGUGGAGGAGCCUCCUUUGGGGAGGGGCUGCGAUAUUAAGGUUUGAAUGGUUGGUUGCGGAGUAAGGGGAGAUAUUUUGAGGUAACGCGUUAAAGUGGAGACAAUUCUCGGAUGAGCCGUGAUCUUGUUGAAUGGAUGAACCUUCAUGAAAGGAUGCGCUGCUGAAUAUAUCCGAUUUCUUAUGGAGGAUGUGAGCCACAGGGAAUAGGCGAGCCCAGCGUCUACCAUGCAGUGAUUGUAAUCUUUUUGGAGUUCUUUGCGUGGGGAUUAUUGACAACUCCUAUGUUAACUGUUUUGCACCAGACGUUUCCUCAGCAUACAUUUCUAAUGAAUGGACUUAUUCAUGGGGUAAAGGGAAUAUUAUCAUUUCUCAGUGCGCCUCUCAUUGGAGCUUUGUCGGAUGUUUGGGGCAGGAAAUCCUUUCUUCUUUUAACUGUGUUCUUCACCUGUGCCCCAAUUCCCCUCAUGCGAAUAAGCCCCUGGUGGUACUUUGCAGUGAUUUCUAUGUCUGGAGUAUUCGCAGUCACGUUUUCAGUGAUAUUUGCUUAUGUAGCAGAUAUAACUCAGGAGCAUGAGAGGAGCACUGCUUAUGGACUUGUAUCUGCAACAUUUGCAGCUAGUCUUGUGACCAGCCCAGCUAUUGGAGCAUAUUUAUCCAGGGCAUAUGGAGAUAACUUAGUGGUAGUUCUUGCCACUGCCAUUGCCUUGUUGGACAUCUGUUUUAUUCUUGUGGCUGUGCCAGAAUCUUUACCAGAGAAGAUGAGACCUGCUUCUUGGGGUGCACCGAUUUCAUGGGAGCAAGCAGAUCCUUUCGCAUCUCUGAAGAAAGUGGGUCAGGAUUCAACUGUCCUGCUGAUCUGUAUUACAGUAUUUCUAUCGUACCUGCCUGAAGCAGGCCAGUAUUCCAGCUUCUUUCUUUAUCUCAGACAGGUAAUUGGAUUUUCCUCAGAAACUGUAGCUGCUUUUAUUGCAGUUGUGGGGAUCCUUUCCAUUUUAGCUCAAACUGUGGUGCUAGGUGUCCUUAUGAGGUCAAUAGGGCAUAAGAACACUAUUCUCCUGGGCCUUGGCUUCCAAAUUCUCCAGCUGGCAUGGUAUGGCUUUGGGUCCCAGCCCUGGAUGAUGUGGGCAGCAGGUGCUGUGGCUGCGAUGUCCAGCAUCACCUUCCCGGCAGUCAGUGCCCUUGUUUCUCGGAAUGCUGACCCAGAUCAGCAAGGAGUUGUACAAGGAAUGAUUACUGGAAUUCGUGGGCUUUGUAAUGGUCUUGGUCCAGCACUGUAUGGAUUUGUAUUCUACCUUUUCCACGUGGAACUAAAUGAAAUGGACGAUGUUGAUAACCCUGGUAAAGUUCCAAAAGGGAACAUGCAGAAUCCCACUGAUGAGAGCACCAUAAUCCCAGGACCUCCUUUUCUCUUUGGAGCAUGCUCGGUGUUGCUUUCUCUGCUGGUUGCCUUGUUCAUCCCUGAACAUAGCGGUCUCCCUCUGCGUUCUGGCAGCUGGAAAAAACACAAUAAUGGGUCCCAGGGUCAUACGCACAGUCCACAGAGCACAAGCCCGGAUGGAAAGGAACCCUUAUUACAAGACAGUUGUGUAUAAUGGUGAUGAGCUGCCUAUCUAGUGCAGCUCAAGAUGGACGUGGAGGUCAGACAUGGCUGUUGACCCAAGGUUUUCAUUUCAGAAAUACUGAUACUUUCUCUGAGUUAUUCAGUUCAGAGUUACAUCUAUUGAUUUAAAGUUUAAAAAAUGGUUUUCUCAUAAUGCCUUCUGGUCCUCCACCUAUUCAACUUAUUGGAGUCUGGAAAAUCUUGGGUUGUUUGUCAUUAGGUACAUCUCCAAAUCCCGUAAAUGCAGGAUUUCAUUUUUUUUUAUGCCUUGUGCAAGACACCAGAAGUCUGUUACAAUAGCUUGGCAAGUUGCUGUGCUACUUACACACAAAUGUUUUUUUUCCACAUAGUGCUAUUAUUGGGGCUUCCCAGAAAUAUCAUCUUGUAGGUGGCCACAAGCUUGGUUAUAAUGCCACUGAAAUUUACAAAAAUCGCAAAAAGAUCCAUUUAAAAUUUCUUCUCACUGGACAAAUUCGGAAUGUUCUGAAUUCAGAUAUCUGACAAUCUGCUGUAGGUCUGUAUUAGUGAAAGGUAACCAAACGGAGUGGCGGGGCAAACAUAGAAGUUUUGGGUGCGAAUGGUGUGUAUUAGAUGUGUAUGCUAAUACUGGCUUUUUGGUCUAUACGUAAAUAUCUAAUGCUUUUUAAAGCAGCACAUUGGUAUUUGAACCAUAGUCUCUAAUCAGUACCACUUAUUUGGAUGGCACUGUGAACAGCUAUGUUGCUGUCUUCCACUUGUGUACACUUGGUACUUACUCAUUUUGGUUUCCUGUUGGUACUGAGAUUCAUCCACUGACAAUUUUUCCCAACCUGGUGAGCUUUCCCUUAUGGUGAAUUAAUGUUUCCAGUCAGUCAUUGUGGAAAUCCAGAAGGUAUGAGGAAGAAGGCAGAGGGAGCUGGUGAACAAGUCAAGUGCCCCAUUUGGUACUGUGCAGAAACUCCAGUUUCUGAUCAGUCUCGUUAUUUUUUUUGAGGGAGGUGGGAAAAGGAAGCCAUACAAACAACUGAUUCCCAAGCCAAUCAACACCAUUCAUUAGAGUUGGCUGUGAUCACUUUUCUCAAUCACGUCAGAAACAACAAUUCACCAUAUUGUACUGUAGAAACUCUCCGGUCUAAAAGUAGUUGACAAAGGAUGGAUGAGUAACUCACACCUUGCUUGUUCUCUCUGCCUCCAGCUCCUGCACUUGCUCACUCUGUCUAGCGCGAUCUGAUUCGCAAUAAUUGUGAGUCAUUUUGCUUGUCAAUGGUUCAGGAGUAGAAACUGCUGUUCCAGUAGACAGCCUUUGGAGGAUGAUAUGUACCUGGUUAAUUCCCCUAACUUUAAGAGCAAUCGUAAUCCACUGUGAUAACUAAUGAAUUCAAAAACCAUUUGGAUUUUUAUACCCAAGUUAUAUAUAGCCCUGAAUGAAAGUUUCAUGGUAUACCAGUCUGUUUCAGUCUAACAUCAACCUAUUUUUCUACGAGCUCCCUUUGACAGAUUCUUGUAGACUACCAUACAAGUCUUAAGUAAUGUUUUAUACUGUGAGGUUCAAUUGCACUGGUAUUAGAGUUUAGGCUGAGUUCUCUUCCUAGUUACUCUGCUAUGUAACAGCUGGUGGGGAGGAAAAUGUUUGCCUCUACAUUCAUGACCACUCGCCCCUGUGUUCAAAUUAUUCAACUCUCACCAUGGACAUUGUCGUUUGAGUGAACUAUGAGAAAGUGUGCAUGGCUUGUAAAGUGUAAGCCAUGAAGACCCUCUGGUCAACCUGAAUACUGGCAGUUCAGAAUUAUUAAGGGUACAUGUGCAUUUGAGUAAUCAUUGUAAAGAAAACAAGAUGCAUGUUUUGUCGAGGAUGAGCUGAUACAAUAAUUAUCAUUGCUUCCUGUGCUGGAAAUGGCCUAGUGUGCUAUCACCAUUUUCAGAAUAGCCAUUUCUCCCCCUCCAAUACACUGCACAGCUACAUUGUAACUACCCUGCUCUUCUUUGUGCACUUUUGAUUCAGACUGCAGGUCAUUUGCAAUAUGAAGUGCUGCUGAAAGAAAGAAAUUCACCUACAGAGCUCUCUUGGCAUGUGCCUCCACUAUCUCCAGCAUCUGGUUCUGUUAUUAACAGUGCCAUUGUUUUCAUUUGCCAUUUUUAUAGCGAUUGUAAAAUUCAUUUUCUGUUUUGUACUUUUAUAUUUUGAAGUUAAUUAGAGGGGAGGUGGGAGAGAGGACAUUGAAGCUACCUUUGUGUAAGCUAGUGAUCUGUGUUUAUUUUCUCUAUGAAAGGCUAAUUGGCCUACUUAAGAAAUGGUGCAAAAGCUAUUGAAUCUUUACCAUAAGGUCAGUCAGUGUUUUUCCUCUACUCCCCUCUCUCAUUGCAAGUAUAUAGAAGUAAUUUAGUUGUUGAUAUUUGUGGGGAGUCCCUGUGAAAACUUAACAAUCAUAAUAUAUUUUGUGCAACACAAUUGUUCACCCCCAAUACUCUAGACUUUACUAAUGGUUUUGAAAGAGCCGAUGUGCUGUAGCUAAGUGUCUCAUCACAAACACCAGACCUUUAAUGACUGAAACAGGUUUCAAUUAUUUUUAAUUACAUAACUCUGUUGCAUACCAAGAAAAACUUAAAAUUGUGCCCUGUUGACUAUUACAAGCUGUAAAUGACUUUUUUUUUUGCGGGUGGGGGGGGUGUGCUGAGGGAAAGCUUCUUGAAGGAGAUAGAAACACUAUGAUGCAAUAUCCAGCAAGGGUCCAAAGCAAAUAGUUUGCUUGCCACCAGGUUGUAGAAAAUGGACAUGUUCAACAAAAAAACACUUUAAAUUGACAAAUUAUGACUUUUGAUUAGUAUUUAAUUACCCAUAUGACGAGUAAAAUCUGAUGGGAUAAUAAGCUUUGAUGCUCCAAUGUGGGCAUUGGGAGGUUAUUAUAGACCUCAAUGGAUAAUUGUACUUGUAACAGUACACUAAAGUUCAACAAGUUUGUGUAACAUUUACUGUAAAAGUUUAUAGUGACAUUAUAGAAUUAUAUUAGAUAUCUACAUAUGCCAAACAAUAUUACAAUUUAUCUUUAGAUUUUUCUUGUGCGCCAGUCAAAUUGGCCUUAAUAUGUGUGCUAUUUUAGAACUGGUCUAAGGUGGGCAUUAUUUUUGAAGCCUUUUCAGGGUUGGUGUUGUACUUCGCACCAAAAGAUGUUUAUCUAAAAUGUUUCAGCUGUUCUUCGUAUGCUGUCCAGUGAGAGUUUGGGCAGUGGCUGAGCGUGUUGGACUUGCCUUCAUUGGAAGCUGGUAGAUAAAUGUGGGAACUUGAUGGUAAUAAGCACUUAAAGCAUCAUAGAACUUUUAAUUGGUCAAAGCAAGAUGGCUGUGGAGCUCAAUAUAUUUUGGUUCCGGUGUUUGGUCUACAAUGAGAUUAGAAUUGAAGAAUAUAGGGCUGCAGUUGAUUUGUUCAUGCAUAAACUAGUGUGUGAGCACAGGGUUAUAAAAUCAUCCUGUGCUGAACCCCACAUGAUGACUGCUGUUGAAUUCCAUUGUCAUUCUGGUUUGGUCUAUUCAGCUUGUUGACCCUCACUAACUUUUAUGUGAUGAGUUGCUGUAUCAGUGGAUGUAUGGGACUGUGAAAAUUCCCACUGGGUUUUCAGAUUCAGGAUUUUGGAAACAUUAAGUACGGUCCAGCUAAAUACUAGCUUUGAAAUGCCAUUGCUUCUGAAGUUACGAUUUGCACUUGCAUUAGCAAUAGAAAUGUUUAAUUUCAUGGUGAAAGCUGGUCUAAUGGUUAAUAAAGAAUUUGAAUUCUCAGAAUGUACUUCAUAUGGAAGUGGGGAGAGGGAAUCCACUUCAGAUAUGACAGCCAAACCUGUUUCUGUGCUUGCCUGUACUUACCUAUAACCUGUAAGCUAAACUAGGCUGAGUUUGUCAACAUGUUGACACCCAGUGAUUUGGAGCAGCUCAGAAUGUACAAUAGUCUAGUCUAUCAAAACAUCACUUAGCUGUAGAUAAUCUACAGAAUCUACUUCAAAGAUCUAGAAACUAGGAAAAACAACUUGUCGUGAUCAAAAGCUUCUCUUCUCACAGUAACAAAUUCUUUCUCUGGUAAAAUGAAUUGAGUUGGAAGGUAAUUAGGUGAUAUAGUGAGUUAUGUAAUUAUUGCUGUUUAGCUAUGUUCAGGUAGGCGUCUGCCCAAGCUGGUGCUCAAAGAAAAUACUGAGUGAUCUCAACAAUAAUUUUACCCUCCCUUAUCAGCUGGGAGAGCAAAGUUCAUAAAUGGGCUUUGGAUGACAUUUGCGAAUGGUGCUUAGUGAUCAGCUGAGGUAAUUUUCUAAAUAUCCACUUUCACCCAUCCUAUCUACCUCUCCCGAGGUUGUCUUUUUAUAACUGGUAUAUGAAAAGCUAUGUUUAUGUUUGCUUGAAGCUUUUUGCAAAACGUUAAUUUUGUUUUCAAGAGUAUCUACUGGAUUAACUGAUCCUUGUUGUCAGAGUUUAGUUCUGUCCCAUCUGCACAUGUGGAGAAACUGUUCAAGCAGUGUUAUUAAAUGGAAUAAUUUAAUCAUGCAUUUUAGAAAUAUAUUUUCCUGUUCAAAGCUUUGCUAAUUUAGAAGUUUCUAAGCAAGCUUAAUUGUUGAUGCAGAUACUGUGAUUGUCAAGUUUCAAACCUAGGCAAACCCAUCAGUGGAGGUCAUAUCUUCAGCUAUUGUCACAGCUUGGCAUCAUAAAAUAGUGAUCAGCGCCAGGCUGAAUUAACCUGCAUUGUAAAAGGUGCUGCUUUUCUUAGUGAAAUGUUAAACCAAGACCCAGUUUGCCUCUUGAAAGGAUGUAAAGGUUCCUAUGGCAUUGUUGCACAGAAGAGUUGGGACAUUACCCUGAUAUUGUGGGCUAGUGCCUAUCUCAACAAAAAAAAAUACAUUAUCUGGUCAGGAGCACUUUACUCAGUUUUACAGCUUCUUGUGCAGACCAUGACUGCUUUUCUAAUGAGCAGUUAUGGAUACACUUCAGGAUUUCUUCUCUUCGGGAGGCCCGUAUCAUGGGCACUAUAGAAAUGAAAAUCCUUUUACUACUUUAAGGAGAAAAUCAUAGUACAGUUCUAAUCCUGUCACGUACUUCAUUGCUUCUGUAAGAUUUAGCUUAACAAAGUGCUGCUUAUCUAGCAGCAAAUCACCUUGCAAUCACACAGAAAUGUUGAAUGAGAAUCGUGCUGAAGAGGUUAUUUUUCUGGGUAGACUAACAUUGAAGAAGAAACACCGGCCUGUUUUGUCUUAGUAGUAUUGACACUUGUUAGAUUUCACUGAUCUAUUGAAUACAGUAAGAUGCUGCAUCUUUUUUCUGUGCACCACCUCCUGUUUUUACAUAUUCUUCAGCACUGUGUGAUUCUGCAUCCAGGAAUUUGGAAAAUGGUGUUGGCUGCUCAAAUGUUUCACAUUCUUCAUCUUUAACUUGGGAUGUUGGAGGACUCAGCUACUGUCCAUUUCCCUCCCUUCCCCCUACAUAGUUGCUGUUUCAGCUGCUGAGUUCUUCCAGUAUCUUGUGUGUUGCUCCACUUGUAGCAUCUGCAGUCUCUUUUGACUCCAUAUUCUGUUUGACUAGUGCAUUCAUCAGUUUUGUCUGUUUCUACACCCGCCCCCCCCCCCCCCCCAGCCACUACUCUGUACUAGUUGGACAUCUUAUGGGUGCCUCCUUCCUGUGAAUCCUGAUUUCAGAUGCAGCCCAAUAAAUUUUUUUUAUGCUCUAAAAUAGGAGUUCCCAAUCUAGGAUCCAUGGACUCCUUGGUUAAUGGUAGUGGUCCAUGGCAUAAAAAAGGUGGUGAACUCCUGCUCUGAAAGGUGAAAAUGUCUACGUUUGUACUCGUCUUGGCCCCAAUACAUGUAAUCACUCCCUACAAACCUGUGAAUCCAGGAUUGUUGAAAAACUUGUUUCAGAAGAAAGGUUUGUGUUUAGAUUGUUCUGACUUCAGUGUGAUUUACAUUAGGUCAUAUAGAUCUGCUUUGAAUUGAAAGUCUGGAUUUUCUUAUACAGCAUUCUAUCCACUAUAUACAUUGAAUACUCCAUGGCCAAGGAAUUUGAAAGAUGUUUGGAUGAGACUACAAGUCUGGCUCAGCUAAAGCUCUGUACGUAAGCUGUAUUGUAUUUAGAAGAGUGACCACUUUAAAAUGCAGGGGAGGGGGGGCACAAAGUGGUUAAAUAAUCUACUGGAAUGGACUCAGCUGGCUGAGCAGCAUCUAUGGUGGUGGUGGUGGGGUUCAGGAGUGAUGAAGGAAUUAUCAAACUUUCUGAUCAUAUCUGCAUCCACACACACACACACAAACCCACCCCCCCACCCCUUGACCCACUAAGUUUCUCCAGUAAAUUGUUUGAUGUUCCACGUUCCAGCAUCAAUGGCCUCUUACGUCCACAGAGUGGCUGUAUCUGCAAAGUACAGCAAAAAUAAAGCACUUGAAAAGAGCAUGAUUGGGGAAGAUGAUAUCAAGAUAUUUGAUGUCAAAACAAUUUACCUGGCUAGUUUUGAAUUGGCUUGAUUUACUCGGGUGAGAGUUUAAAAUUAGUCAUUGUUAAUGGGUGAUUUUUAUUACACUCAUUCCUCCUAAAAUUUGUUAUCAGUUAUUGAAUGAAAGGUAUGUCUUCAUGCCGAUGCAUUGUAUCAAAUGAAAUACAGUUUUAAACAGGAAUCACUGACAUUAUUCAGAUGUGCAAAGGUAACAUUAUCCAGGCUUUACAGCGCUUCAGGAAGUGCAUCAUGGAUUUGCAUCUGGAGUUCUGCACUAUGAGCCAAAUGCAUUUUAGCUGAGCAGUUUGUGUCAGCCAUACCUCAGUGGGUAAAGCUCCCGUGUACCUGAGGUGGUGGCUUCAAGUCACCCCACCCAGAAUCCUGAGCAUGAUGUAUGUAGUGCCAGUGUCAAGGAAGUGCUAUGUUCAGAGCUAUCAUCUGUUCAUCGGGACACUAAAUAGGGAUCUCAGUGUUUCCAUGGCUAGAGGGAGAAUAUUGUAUGGAGGGGAGUGAGGUUUGCUUCCCAUGUUCAGGCCAGCAUUUAUCUCUCAGCUGACGAGUGAUUAUUUAGUUAUUUAUCUCAUUGCUAUCCUGUGGCCAUUGCAAAUUAGCCACCAUGUUUCUGACAUCACAGCAGUGACUAAACUUCCAGUGUUUCAUUGGUUGUAAUGUGCUUUUGAAGUGACCUGAAGUUACAUCAGUAGCUUUACACAACAAACGAGCCAUAGUUUUUGGUAUUUUAACAUAACUGCACAUCUCCAGCUUUGUACCGGAAAUUCUAUGAAGCAUAUCUUGCCAAGUGAAAAGCCCUGUUCUAAAAAGCAGCUUAAAAGGUCAACUCUCUAACUUUUCAGACACUGGGUUCAGUACUGCAUCUGCAAUGAUUAUAUGGUGUAACAUUUUAAUUUGUCUCUGGAGGUUUUGUUAAAAGCUUGUUGCCUCCUACAAAUGUGCCUACCAAAACUGUACAAAUUGUAAAUAGGAAUUGUCAGAAAAAAGUAUUUAUUAAAAUGUACAUGAAUCUA